GGCUCUGCGCAAAGUGCUCCCCGGCUGACCGCGACUGUAGGCCGGGACUGGGUACUCCAGCGGCCCCGCCUCGGGGGCGGAGACCGAACCGGGCGUCCCUCCCGGAGCGCGCCGCUGCACCCUUUCCUCCCCGUCUGUGGCGCCCUCGAGGCGGCCGCCGAUGCUGCAGCGCGAGUGGGGUGCUGACAGCACCCCGAGGGGAUGGGGACCCCGUGGCGCGUGGCGCUCCGGGCGUGCCUAAGACGCGCGCCUCUCCGCAGGGAACCCUGCGUGCCCGGACCCCUGGGGAGCGCGCGCCGGGACCGGCUGUGCUGGCUGCUGGUGGGGACUUUCCCCAAACUCAUCUGGGCCCCCGGGGACCUUGGGGACGGCGGCUUGGUGCGCUCCUGUCCGCACAGGGCCAGCUGGAGUGACCCGGCCUCUGGGCAGGGGCCCCUGGAGCGGACCUUCCCCGGAGGGGCCUGGCCCGGCUGCCUGCUGCGGUACCUCCGCAUCGGGCUCCGGGCUGCGGGUCUCCUGGUGAAGUUCUUCCCGCUCCUGGUCCUCUACCCCUUCACCUACCUGGCGCCCAGCGUCUCGGGCCUCUGGCUCCACCUGCUCCUGAAGGCCACCGAGACCUCAGGUCCCACCUACAUCAAGCUGGGCCAGUGGGCCAGCACGCGGCGAGACGUCUUCUCCGAAGCCUUCUGUGCGCGCUUCUCCAAGCUGCACGUGCGGGUCACCCCGCACCCCUGGGCUCACACCGAGCUCGCCUUGCGCCAGGCCUUCGGGGAGCACUGGGGGAAGAGUCUUUGCUUCUCUCAGCUGGAGCCGGUGGGCUCCGGCUGCGUGGCUCAGGUGUACAAGGCGCACGCAGACCCCGGCCUCCUGGAGCGAAGCUGUCUCCACGGGAGCCGGUGGGGACCGCAAGGAAGCCUGGCUGACUGGAACUUUCUAGAAAGCCUGCUCCUUCCUCUGGCUGAGCCUGCCCGACCCAAUGAAGUUACUUCUCGGACCCCGGAGCCCCAUCUCAUCCCCGUGGCAGUGAAAGUGCUGCAUCCCGGCCUGAUCUCUCAGGUGCAGAUGGACCUGCAGCUGAUGAAGAUGGGCAGCCGAGUCCUUGGUCUUUUGCCUGGAGUCAAGUGGCUUAGCUUGCCCGAGAUCGUGGAUGAAUUUGAGAAGCUCAUGGUCCAGCAGAUUGACCUGCGCUAUGAGGCUCGAAAUCUAGAACAUUUCCAGUGUAACUUCCUGAAUGUGAAUUCCGUCAGGUUCCCCACCCCACUGCGGCCUUUUGUCACCAGCGACGUCUUGGUGGAAACGUACGAAGAGAGCGUGCCCGUGUCUAGCUUCCAGCAGGCUGAGACCCCGGCACCUGUGAAGAGGAAGAUUGCGCAGCUGGGGAUCAACAUGCUGCUGAAGAUGAUAUUUGUGGACAACUUUGUUCAUGCCGACCUUCACCCCGGGAACAUCCUGGUCCAGGGUGCUGAUGGCUCUUCUGCAAGCCAAGGGCCCCUGCUGCAGCCUCCGGCCACACCCACCUCACACCCAUUGCGCCUGGUGUUGCUGGAUGCAGGCAUCGUGGCUCAACUGCAGGCUACUGACCUGAACAACUUACGGGCAGUCUUCACGGCCGUGGCCUUGGGCCAGGGCCAGAAGGUGGCAGAGCUCAUCUUACAUCACGCCCAGGCCAAUGAUUGCAGGGACGUGGAGAGCUUUAAGGCAGAGAUGGCUACUCUAGUGACCCAGGCCAGAGAGAAGACCAUCACUCUGGAAAAGCUCCAAGUCUCCACUCUUCUGUCCAGUGUCUUUAAGCUGCUGAUGACUCACAAGGUGAAGCUUGAAAGCAAUUUUGCCUCCAUCGUGUUUGCCAUCAUGGUGCUCGAGGGGCUUGGCCGCUCACUGGAUCCCAAACUGGACAUCAUGGAUGCUGCUAAACCCUUCUUACUCAAAGGAUUGGCCUCCAACUCCUGAUUGGAGCCCCAUGCUACUGGGACAUUGGCAAACUCGGGUGUGUGGAAGGUGUCCCUUUGCUUUUCAUAAGUAUUUGUGUCAGAAUCUGAAAAGCUUCAGGCUACGUGGGGAUGGAAAGAGAGGGAAUAAUAUCUAUCCAGUCCUGGACACUGGGUCUAGGGCCAAGGGCACACUAGUUCAAUUCAGAAAGAAUAAACUUAUUUUGUUUUCUUCUUUC